GGUUUUUAGGGGGCCAAAAAAGUGGGAUCAUAUGAGAAGGAUUCUUUGGCCUAUGUCUUAGUGAAUUAAGAGAUAUUGAAUGUCUAAAGCGUAAUUUAUUGGGUCAAGAAUAGUUACACAUCCUUAAUAUGGACACUCUCAAAAUUUUUGUGAAUCUGGUGCGAAUCUCCAUUAAAGCAAGUGACAAAAUUGUGGAUUUGCGAAAACUACUGUUCAAGAUCAUACUCAAAAGGAGCACGAAAAGCUCGAGGUACCACACAAGUCUCUUUUUUAACUUUUUUUAAGGCAAUUACGAAGCAAUAUAGUACCAAACCUUCGAUCCUAGGUUCGUUGCGGCUUCUUUGAAUUACCAUGUCGAAAGUCUCGAAGAAAAUAACUAAUUGGUUAUACAGUGUUCUUCAGCCCCAGUACACUCAUCCUGAAAUCGCAUACAAGGACAUUUAUCAAUUCCUUCAGGUCUAUAUAGAUCAGGGGUUCAGGAUUCGAACAGCUGUCUAUACGUCUGUACACGGUGGCUCGGAGUUAUUGGUUAAUCUAUAUGGUCCUUUGAUUUGCGGGAAUAAUGUCUUUCAAGUCAGUAUUUGGAUACCCUUGAACUAUCCUUUAGCCGAUACAUCGGGUAAAGCUUCAGGAUACGACGCAAACGGUGUUCCAAUAACUUUCGCAGUGCCCUCCAAAGGUCAAAUUAUCCGUCCUGGCAAUAAUGUCGACUCUCAAGGUAAAGUUUACCAUCCCUUUCUCGUAAGCUGGUACAACUCAACAUCCACCAGGCAAAUGAUGGACCAAUUCAAUUUACUUCUGUUGAUGGAGUGCCUAAAGUCGACGUUCGAACGAAGUUCACCUAUUGGUCUCGCUCCACAAACUACAGGACCAACGUUGCCACCGAAGUCUCCGAGCAAGAUUAACUCACCCCAACAAGCACGUAUUUCAACUCUUUCGAGUGGGCCACCACUACCGGAGAAGUUUGCUCACUCAGGGAAUUCCUCGGAGCUGAUACCUCAGAAAUACAGAGGACCUCCUCCUUUGCCAACUUACACAACUCAAAAUCAGUGGGUUGGUAUUGAUUCAAGUCAAAGUCAAUCAGCCAUGAUCCAAUCUCCAGGUCAGUCUACACUCACGCGUUAUCUAAACACUUUAGAUCGGGCGACCACCGUGAAGGGUGAAGUUAGUCGACCCAGACCCUCCGUUGAAACAAAUCAGGGGGAAACGUCUGUUAUUGAAGAUCUCAUGGAUAAAGUGACUCUCGAGUCCAAGAAAGAGAAUUCCGACCCACGUGAAUUGCAGCGAAUUGCUCAGCAUAUAAACAGAUAUUUAAACCCUGGGAAUCCUGAGAGUGUGAAUAACAAAAUUCCACGAGUCAGGAAAACACGGAACAUAGCCAAGGCCCUUUAUUCUCAACUUUUGCACCACAAAAAUCAAGCUAGAGCCAACGCCGAAAAUCUUGAUAAACACGUCCAGUACCUAGAGGACCAAGUUCAGACGGUAAGGUAUUCGAAUCAAAAACUAAAUGAUCUUACAGAACUCAAUAAGAAAAGCUCCACAGAAGUUGUUUUGAGUGCAUCUGAGAAUAGAAAAAUUGCUUUAGAUGAUCUUGUGCUCCCGGACCUGAUGUUGGUCCGACAACUCUACGAUUCUGUCGCCGAAAUCAGGGGAUACAAAGACGCAAUAAGGCUUGUUGGCGGAACUUUCAAAUCGGAACCAGAACUUAUUAACAACCUGACUUUAGAGUCUUGCAUUCGGUCUGUCAGAGCGUUGUCAAGAGAGUUGUUUUGGCUCGAGGUUACAAGAGAUGAAAUAGGUAGACUCAUGAGCUUACAAUUGUAA